CACAGGGAUGACAGUACAAAUGAUAGGUACCCAUAACCCGCUAUUUUCCCGACCAGACCUGAUCGGGAGCUGAAGCUGCCGCGCCAGACGUGUUUGCCUUGCCGACUGGGAAGCACUUGCAUUUACAACCACCAACCUUCAGCCCGGUCUAGCCAUUGAGCUGUCCUCACCCAAAACGAGCCUCUUUACUAUUACAAUAACGAUAUAGCACGGACGGCCCCAGUUCACAUCUAAACCUCAACACAUCCACAAUAAUUGGAGCCAUAUCGUCAGCUUCUUUCAAUCCAAAGCCAGACAUUUUGACGCCAUGUCGUCACCUUUCUCCAUAAACGGCGGCGCCUGCGUAGCCAUGGUGGGCAAGGACUGCGUCGCCAUCGCCUGCGACCUGCGCCUCGGCCUGCAGUCGCUCACGGUGUCGAACAAUUUUCCCAAGAUCUUCCGCUACGGCGACGUCUUCCUGGGCCUGACCGGCCUGGCCACCGACGUGUCCACCGUGUCGGACCUGUUCCGGUACAAGGUGAACAUGUACCGCUUGCGCGAGGAGCGCAAUAUCGCGCCCACUACCUUCGCCAACCUGGUGUCCUCGUCCUUGUACGAGCGUCGCUUUGGCCCCUUCUUCGUCAGCCCCGUCGUCGCCGGCCUCGAGCCCAAGUCCGGGAAGCCCUUCAUCUGCGGGUUCGACUCUAUCGGCUGCAUUGAUUUCGCCAAGGACUUCAUCGUCUCCGGCACCGCCUCCGAGCAGCUGUUCGGCAUGUGUGAGAGCUUGUGGGAGCCCGAUCUGGGACCCGACGACCUCUUCGAGACAAUCUCCCAGGCUCUGUUGAGCGCCGUGGACCGAGAUGCUCUAUCAGGAUGGGGUGCACACGUGUACAUUAUUGAGAAGGACAAGGUCACCAAGAGAUUAUUGAAGGGCAGACAAGACUAAGGGAGCCAAAUUACCUACUCUGAUACCAAUAUACCAGGUUACGUUAGCUACUAUACUAAGUAGCUAGUGAUCUGAAAUGGUACAUUGGUCCUGUUAAACCAAACCCAAGAGUGGGCAUGGCCCGAUGAUAGUCCUUGGGGCAGUGUCAACGAAGCCUGACAAGCAAGAGCAGACAUGCGAUGGCGAAGAGAAUCCAUCGUUGUGCUACCAUUUUAGAUAGUACCUCGUUCAGGGCCACUAAUGACAAGACAUUAUUUCAGAUCAACAA